GUUUCAGUUACAGGACGACCGUUAUAGCCGCCAUUUGUAACUGAAUUUUUAGAUUCGAGAAAAUUCAGAAUCUUCUAGAUCUUUCUCCAUGGCCGCCGAGACCGUCAGAUCCACCGGUACGGUCAAGUGGUUCAGCGCCCAGAAGGGUUUCGGCUUCAUAUCCCCGGAGGACGGCGGCGAGGACCUCUUCGUUCACCAGACUUCGAUCCAGUCCGACGGCUUCCGCACCCUCUCCGAGGGCAACACCGUCGAGUUCGUCAUCGAAUUCAGCGAAGACGGCCGCACCAACGCCGUCGACGUCAUCAACCUCACCCGAUCUCGCCGCCCGGGCUUCGACAGAGGAGGACGCGGCCGCGGCGUCGUGAGAGGUGGACGCCGUGGUGGCUAUGGGAGGUCUGGCGGAGACCCCGAUCGCGAGGAAUAUAGUGUCGCCAGAGGAGGCGGGAGGGGAGAUGGUUAUGGCGGUCGUGGAGGUUAUGGCAGCGGUGGUCGUGGGGGUGGCGGUGAGUGCUACAAUUGCGGUGAAGUUGGGCAUUUGGCGAGGCAUUGUUUCGAGGGCGGUGGCGGGGGUGGGAGAUUCGGCGGCCGUGGCCGAGGUGGAGGAAGAGGUAGAGGCUACGGUGGCGGCCGGGGCCGGGGCCGCGGUGGUGGUGGUUGUUAUAAUUGUGGAGAGGAAGGGCAUUUGGCAAGGGAAUGCCCUAAUGUUCAGAAGUGAGAAUCGAGUUGCGUUGAACUCAAAGUUGCCGGCCGGCCACAUUGGUUUGGUAUAUAGAUUUCUGUGGCCUGCUGCGUGUUUUCCGGUGCUUC